UCUUUGAGAAUGCUAUCGUUUAGAAAUAUACUACUAGUAAUAUGCAUAAAUAUAUAUGCGCAUAUAUUAUCAACUGUUGAUAACUGUUAUAGUUUCAUAAAAUAAGAAAUACAUUUUCUAAUCUGAGUUUUCAGAGGUUUCCGGUAUAGGCUACAUUAGUUAUUUUUUCUUAGACUAACAGGAAAGAUGUCAUACAGUGAGUGACCUUUUCAAAAGCCCUCAUUAGAGAAGAUACACCUCUCACUUGUUUUUCAGUACAGUGAGAAAAUGUGUGUGUGUCAUGACGGUUGCUCUUAUCUCUGUUUGUGUGUGUGAUUGUGUGUGUGUUUGUGUGUGUGUGAGCUCCGAAAGGGCUGGUCAGUUUAGAAGCUAAUCUACCCAACACAAGGGCGAUUCUCCCCUGCUCAACACGAUAAUGGUGAAUGGGGUGGUCCCUCCCAUUGACUCCAGAGUGGUGUCAGACGCUGCUGGACAAGGUGUGACCAUCACUGGAGAGAAUACCUACAACAACUGGGACUGGACCAAUUCGGUUGUCUUUGCUGCCACUAUUGUCACUACCAUAGGUUAUGGUAAUGUUGCCCCAAAGACGGCUGGCGGCCGUAUAUUCUGCAUCCUGUAUGGCCUGUGUGGGAUCCCUCUCUGCCUCACCUGGAUUAGUGAGCUGGGCUCGUUCUUCGGAGACAGAGCCAAGCGCCUGGGACAGGUCCUGGUACUCAAAGGCCUUAGUGUGAAAAAGGUCCAGUUGAUCUGCACGGCCAUCUUCCUCCUGUGGGGUCUGCUGGUACACCUGGUGAUCCCCCCGUUUGUGUUCAUGUCCCUGGAGGGAUGGUCGUACCUGGAGGGCUUCUACUUCUCCUUCAUCACCCUCACCACUGUCGGCUUCGGGGACUACGUCGCAGGUAUCAAUCCAAACAUAGACUACCCAAGGCUGUACCGGGUGUUUGCAGAGGUGUGGAUCUACAUGGGUCUGGCCUGGCUGUCUCUGUUCUUCAGCUGGAACGUCCACAUGGUUGUGUCGGCUCACAAGGUCCUGAAGAAGAGAAGGCAGAGACACAGGAUGGACCACCUGGACCAUCGAUGGCAGUUCGAGAAGGACGACAUCCGCAGCCCUCGCCACCUCCCCACCGCCGUCGACAUCUUCAACUUCCUGUCUGAGAAGCAUGAGGACUACAGCACCGCCAUCAGGCAGAUUGGCGCUGCCGCAAAGCCGAAGACGGAAUUCAAGGAGUUGAGUCGUUCAAAAAGCUGUAGUGACAUCCUGGGGACGAAUAUCCAAACCCUGGAGCAUUCCCCACGCCGCCUGAGGCGCCACCUUAGCAUCAGUCACAAUAUGUUACUCAGCAGCUUUGGGAUGGGAGAGGAGGGGCAGAGGCUUAUCGAGGAUGACCCUGUCUUUAUGAAAGACCCUGUGUUUGAGGAGAACUGUCUGGAUAGGGACACUAGAGCGAAGGCUGUUUAUGUGUCCAACUCAAAAGAGAACCUAAACCCCGUCGAUCUAGGUCCUAACAUCAACAAAGAGGAGAAUGUUCAGAAUCAAGAUGGUGGAGAGAAUAGGUUUACUGUAUCAAAGGUAGUGGAGGGGGAUUCGGGAGAGGAGAAUGAUGAGAAAGGCUGAAGCCUUGGAUCCAUCCUCUUCCUGGAGAACUGAAUGAUGUAAUCAAAAGGGGACUAUCACGCUCUCCUAGAAGUUUGGUUGGUGCAGAAAACCUGUGAAUUCAGAUGAAUAAAAAGGUAUGAUGGGUCUGUGAUGGGUCCGCGGAUCAUCACAACUUUUUAUUUAUUGUACCAUCACACCUUUUUAUUUAUCACCCCAUCACACCUUUUAAUUUAUCACCCCAUCACACCUUUUAAUUUAUCACCCCAUCACACCUUUUAAUUUAUCACCCCAUCACACCUUUUUAUCCAUCUGAACUGAAUGAUGUAGAAGCAUCAUAACAAGGUCCUGGGACAACCAGAGACUAUGGCAGAGUUAGGAUUGGUCACAUUCCCCUGUGGUGAGGAGUGGAAACAAAUUUUCAACGGUUUUCCUUAACAUAGUGAUCAGUGAAAUGUAUGACCCAAGAUUAUCAAGGCCUAAGAUCAUGAACACAGUCUGGACAACUUCAUGUCUUCUCUGUUAUCUUUAUCUCGAUGUUAAACACACAUUUUGGUCUGUGGGAAAAGUAAAAGAAGGAAAAUAUAGCAAACGAUGGACUCCUCAGAGUUGCCAGUGUGAUUUACCUGACUCUAAAAUGAGAAACUGAAAGCAAUGUAGUUUGUCUAUUGUUACAAACUGCCUACAGAAAUAAAGUUUACAUGUGUUUCUA